ACCAGUAUAGGCCUAUACACACCCUAACAACCCGUACUUCUACACAUGCAUUGUAAUGCGGUACGUGCGACUACAGGCUCCAGAAAAUAUGAACAAUAUAUGAAUAUUAGGCCUAGUGACGGAAUCACUGAAUCACUGGUUGACAUCGAGGAAUCCUUGGUUGUCAGCUGUCGAUGAAUUACCUCCCCUGUCAGGAGAAAUCUAAUGUGUGUUCAGAUUGGUUGUCUACAUAGAGAAAGAAGAAUGACUCUCCUUCAAUUUUACUGACCUUGACCUUUGGAAUUUCUAUGUGCUCACGAUGAAGCGAUGGUUGCCAUGGAGAUUGCGCAACAAACAAUGUACCUUCUACAUCGGUGGCACUGUUAUAAUUGUUCUACUUAUCUUACAGUGUUUCAAUCACUGGGAAGUCUCAAGGAACAGGGAAUGUUUGGGGGACGGUCCGUCACAUGACAAGAACACCCAUGCCGUCAGGCAAGUAACAAGGUUGAUUGUGCCGGUUAAAACAACUUCACAGUCAAACAUUGUGGCGACUGUGAUGACACAUACCGUAUCAUUACUGGAGGGACAAGAAACCAUCGAUUACAUUGCAGAAUACGUCUCGGUCAAGUUUAAAGUUCUCAAGAACAAUCCACGUGAUUCUAUCCAGGCUAUUUACCUCACAAAUACCGGGAUCGCCGUGCUCAGGGGAGGUAACUGGCAAAUCUAUUUCAACCACCUCUACAAGAUGAUGCAUGAAAAAGGAGGUGUGGCAGCUACAGGUCAUGUGAUCCAUGGUUCUGGGUUCAGAUUAUUCCAUGUCAAAGGGAGCCUAUACAGAUUACAGCCAGAGCCGGAGGUGUUUCGCCCGCUCUACCCGUCCGAGACCCGUACCCUUAUUCUGACCGGUAACUAUCAACAGGUUGCUAAGACCGACUCCUUUCCCAACUGGUAUGUCACCUCUCCAGGAUCUACACCCCGGGUACUACAGAGCACGGUGGGCGAGAGUCUCGACUAUGUGGAUAAUUACAACCAGUCGUCAUGGCAAUGGCGUCGUGACCCACAGGAACAGAAUGACCCCUACACAGCCAGAGUGAGGUUCUAUAUGUAUGCUAAUAUAUCUCACGACCUUGGGCGUGUGGGGAGUCUGGUGCUACCUACCCCUGAGGAAGCCGACAUUGAUGUGAAGACCUUACUAAGUAUAACUCCUAAAGACUGGGUUAUCAUCAGUAAUGCAGAAUUUACAUCCGAGGCCAAAUAUCUAGCAGACCAUUGUCCCAUACAGUUUUCCUACAACUUUCCAAAGAAACGUUACAUCUAUCUAAGCAAGCAUCCUUCUGACAUGAACUUGAGCAGUGAGGAGUACGUUCUCAAAGUGGAGCCAACCACUGAAAUUAUACAAGUCUACGCCGAGGGAAAGGCCGGAGCUUUCUACGGAGUGCAGACAAUUUUGGCUCUUUUACAGAGAGAAGGGAAUCAGUUGGUGAUACCCAAGACACUAAUAAGGGACAAACCAAGGUUUCCGUACCGCGGAAUCCAAUUAGAUGUCUCGCGCAACUUCCACUCCAAGGAAACCGUUAUGAAAUUAUUGGAUUCCAUGGCGACAUACAAAUUGAACAAGCUUCAUUUUCACCUGAGCGAUGAUGAAGGCUGGAGGCUUGAGAUCCCAGGGUUGGAGGAACUUACCCAGGUUGGUGCUCGGCGUUGUCAUGACACCAGCGAGAAAUCUUGCCUUCUACCUCAGCUAGGCUCCGGCCCUCACACAACCUCUUCUGGCUCCGGGUACUACACGCUCAAAGAUUACCGUGAAAUUUUAAUGUACGCCAAAAAGAGGCACGUCCAAGUCAUCCCUGAGUUUGACGUGCCAGGCCAUUCCCGUGCUGCGGUGAAGUCGAUGGAGGCCCGAUAUAAGAAAUAUGUUCCGCUGGACGUGGAGAGUGGUGGUGAGUUCCUGCUGUCUGAAUGGGACGACAAGUCGAACUACAGCACAGCACAGUCGUACGAUGACGGCGUGCUGAACGUGUGUAUUGAGUCAACCUACACCUUUCUCCAGCAUCUGAUAGCCUCAGUAAAGGAGCUACAUCAGGACGUACAGCCACUGGAUGUUGUCCACAUCGGGGGUGACGAGAUUGCUCGGGAGGCCUGGACGAAAUCCCCUGCAUGUAAAACUCUUACAGAGGAACGGAACAUCACAGAUUUCCGCUUCUUUUUCGUGCACCGUGUGAUAGAACUUCUUCAGAAUCAAGGAUUGGCUGCCGGGGUUUGGGAGGAUGGGAUCAUACCAAAGGAUGUUUACCCUUACAACAUCAAGGACCUCCGAAAUAAACAGCCUAGCAGUAACUUAACAGUAGAUAACUCAACACAACAGGAAAGGGAGAUCUUUGCUUAUGCCUGGAAUAAUAUUUGGGAAUAUGGUCGAUCCUCAAGGGCCAUAACUCUUGCCAAUGCUGGUUAUAAGGUUGUCAUGGCCCAGGCGACACACUUGUAUUUCGACCACCCCUAUGAGCCUGACCCCCUGGAGCGUGGUCUGUACUGGGCGACACGCUACAUCGACACUCGGAAAGUCUUUGGAUUUAUCCCAAUGCACCUCCUCCUCAACGCAGACGUGACAGGGAGAGGAAUAUCUCUAGAAAACACUUCAGAGGAAAAGUUGGGUUGUCUGCAUAAAGAUACGUGUCUACUCAAAUCACCGAAAAAUAUUGUGGGUUUGGAAGCUAAUUUGUGGACAGAGACAAUUCGGACAAAUGACCAGUUACAAAGCAUGGCCUUCCCUCGUCUCCUGGCCAUGGCAGAACGAGCUUGGCACAAGGCGCCAUGGGAAGACAUUUUGAACAAGAAGGAGCGUCUAGUAAAGCUUGAAGCAGAUUGGAUAACAUUUUCAAAUACGCUGGGUUACAGGGAGUUGAGGCAAUUGGAUCAGAUGGGAGUGAAAUAUAGAGUUCCACCACCUGGCGCGUUAAUAGUGAAUAAUGAGCUGAGAGUAAAUUGCCUCUAUCCUAACCUGGAGAUACAGUACAGUUCCGAUGGAGGAAAAACCUGGACAACAGCACGACAUCCCACAGAAAGGGUCAGAAAGAGUGGGGCCAGUAAACGACCUAUCAAGGUCUAUACUGAUCAUAAUAUACUAGUGCGGACAUUGUCCGCAGACGGACGGCGCUACAGUCGUGUGAUCGCAGUUAAUAUCAACAAAGACAUUUAAUCAAGACCGUACUUGUUAGGAAGGUAUAAUCAAUGUAACAGCCACUAGUGCUGACCGAGUUUAGGUAUAAUCAAUGUAACAGCCACUAAUACUGACAGAGUUUAGGUAUAAUCAAUGUAACAGCCACUAGUGCUGACUGAGUUCAGGUAUAAUAAAUGUAACAGCCACUAGUGCUUACUGAGUUUAGGUAUAAUAAAUGUAACAGCCACUAGUGCUUACUGAGUUUAGGUAUAAUCAAUGUAACAGCCACUAGUGCGGACCGAGUUUAGGUAUAAUCAAUGUAACAGCCACUAGUGCUGACCGAGUUCAGGUAUAAUCAAUGUAACAGCCACUAGUGCUGACUGAGUUUAGGUAUAAUCAAUGUAACAGCCACUAGUGCAGACCGAGUUCAAGUAUAAUCAAUGUAACAGCCACUAGUGCGGACCAAGUUUAGGUAUAAUAAAUGUUAUCAAUUAAUUAAUGCCUGCAGUCUAUGGCAGAUUGAGUCUACAAAUAGAUAUUGUCUAGAUUGUCACUCUGUCAGAAAUUUACAUGCGAUGUGUUGAAAGUACAUAUACUUAGGAUGUUGUUUUUGAGAGAGAGAUUGAAUCAGGGAGAGAGUUUAAUUGCAGUUACCCACUGUGUUCCCAGAUCAUUUGCCAAAGUGGGGAGGGGGGUUAUUUGUGGUUAAACAUGGUACUGUCUAAAUGACUGUACACCAUCUGAUUUCCACCCUUUAACAUUUAACAAAUUCAUGCAAUGCAGUUUCCGUGCGAUAACUUGAGUUCCCUUGGGUUGAUUGAACUCAAACUUGGUUCACAAUAUUGCAUACCUAUAUAGCUCGGACAAUUUCAGAAAUUUACGUGCAUUUUUGGUGGAGUUAUGCCCCUUUUAUUGCCAAAUUAGGGCAAGGUGUAGUAAA